AUGCCACAGUCUCUACCCCUCCACGUCCUCGUUCGACAUGUCAUCAUCCACAUCGGAAAGAACCUGGCGACGUAUUUGAGGGCCUGCCUGGUGGUCGUAGUCUGGCUUGCAUGUCUUCCCUCGAUACAAGCGCUAGAAGUGGCCCGGGAGUUGGAGCUUGCCACUCUGCCUGCAAAUGGAACUUCUCCAGUCACCCCUUUUCAGGUUGCUCCAACCAGUUCUGCGAGUAUUAGUGAACUUGUGGAGAAACUCAUUGGGUUUUUGAUGCCAGUAUCUCAGACUUUGAACAUAAGCGGCUCGGACCCUCUCGCUGCCGGCUUAUUCAAAUCUCUAUACUACGGAUUGGGAAUUCAGAGCGUGGUCAUCCCAGAAAACCAAUCGGACAACGUCAAUAUCACAUUGUCACUCAUGAAACUCAAUCCACCAUCUAGUCCAUCGCUCUUGGGUGAAGUUUCUUUCUUGCGGAAUUUUACUCGCCAUGCUGCGGUCAACGAUGCUUUGAUUUACAUUGCUGAAGGUUACGUAAUCACUAUUCUGGUGGUUGUAUGUUUUGUCCUCAUUUUCUUAAUAAGAGAAUGGGUUGUACAGCAACAACCUGGAAUCAAUAUGGGGGCUGGAUUCAAUGCUGAAUUUGCUGCGGGUGGUCUAGUAAGAGAUCCACAGCCCGUGGCCGAUAUACGUCCUCGCCGAAAUGCGCGCGCUGAUCGGGCAAGGGAGGAUGAAGAAACUGAGGAUGAUGAAGAACCUCCUCGUGAGCGACCGAUGGCAAGGCCCCGGCGAAGAAAUAACCCACUUGGACAAAUCGGACAAGUCGAGGAAAGACACCAGCAAGAACGCCAUAAUGACCCAGACGACGGUCCGGCGAGCCCUUCUCAAAGAGAUGAUGCAGGAACCUUAACACCUGGUAGGCCCUCUGCGCCCAGAGAUGCGUUAGGGCCUGCUGCUCAAAUUCAUCGACGGCUUGAAGAGGAGCCUAGACAUACUGAAGAGUUUCUGGCAAUCUGGCGGCGUGCGGAUAGCGACCCCGAGAAGGUUUUGCGCAUUAUUGAAGAUGAGAAUAAAAGCGAUGAUAUGCGUUAUUGGGUUAAUGCAAUGAAUGUCCUUCAGAACCCACUCCGUCAAGAUGAUGGGUUGCGAUUACCAGGCUCCAGCCAAGACGAACCAGUAUCAGAGUCAGAAUUGUAUAAGACUGGCCAUCCUGCUACUAAGGAUGGGGCAGCGCAGACAGAAAAUGGAAGUAGCAGCGCAAGUUCCGAAAGCUGGGUCGAUAUUCGGCAACCGGGAGAAACGCAGCCAUUACCGGCUGGAAACAUUUCCGGCCGCUCUGAUAUUAGUGAUAUUGGGAAUAUCGAGGAUCCUGUAUUCGGAAAGGGGAAGGGCAAGGCAACAGACGAGAUUCCUGAACACUCCGAUCCCGCGAAAGCCUUACAGUCUCUUACGAAUCUGCCACCCAAUCAUUCGCUCGCAGAAACCUCUUGGAACGACCUUACGUUCACAUCAAGUUCAUCUAGACCCAGAGCUGUCUCGGACGGCCCUCAGAGAAAAGAUAGCAUAUCCCCGCUUGCCAACAACAACUGGAGUUUUUCAAAUCUCCUGGACGAGGAUAAUCAGACGGACCAAGCAGCUAUUCGAGUCAACACCAACCUAAAGUCUCGGGAAGACACCGAUGAUGAAUCGGACUCAGAUCUGGUUCCGCUCAAUUCUCUAUUUGGAUUAGAUGACCAAACAGAGCAGGCUACUUUUAAAUACGUCCAGGGGGACAUCUCUGAUGACAACGAGCCUGAGCUGUCAAACUAUCGACCCCCUCCACGCGCAUUAACCGGCGCAGAGAUUACUAAGAUGGUAGAAAGCGGUCCUAUCACCGUGCAAGGCGAAGAUGGAGUUACUCGAACAGUUGAGAACAUUCAAGACCUUUUCCCUGAGAAUCCUGUUGACAAUGAUCCUGAGAAUGAGACCGAAGAGCAGAGCGAGGGACCGCAAUCAGACCUAUUUCGCCCCAUCCCUCCUCUACCGGAAACCCGGGAACCUCUCCUUCCACCCAACGCAGAAGUUCCACCAGCAGAGCCUCAAGGACCGCCUAUCGCACCACCUGUUGCACCUCAAGGUUUCUUAGGGCAAGUUGCCGACUUUUUAUGGGGAGGCGUUGGUGAUGACCAUCUAGACGAGCAAGGGGAGAAUGACGAACGGAUUGUUCAAGACAUAGCUGAAGAAGCUCCAUUUGUACCCGUUGCCCAUCAACAUUUGUUUGAUGAACCAGAGGGUCAAUUUCCAGAGCAAGAUCGUGAGGUCGUUGAGGCUGUGAUUGCUGCAGGCCUUGAUCCGAAUGACCAAGAUGCCAUUGAUGACGCUGAGGAUUUCGAAGGUAUCAUGGAGCUCGUAGGAAUGCGUGGCCCAAUAUUCAGCCUAGUCCAGAACGCUCUAUUCAGCGCCUUCCUCUUAGCAUUGACAGUUGCCUUUGGAGUUUGGAUUCCUUAUAACAUCGGUCGAAUCUCCCUCCUAGGAUUAGCCAACCCUGGCUCCACUCUUAAAUUUCCUCUACGAGUUAUUUACGGUUUCGCCGCUUUCCUACAAGAUCUGUCACUCUCAGUAUUGGGCAUGAUAUCAUAUAUCAUAGUUACCAUCUGCUCGUGGAUCAUAGGGCUCUUCUAUUCGGCUGCAAAUGGGGACACAGCUCGUGGGCUAGGCUCGGCCGCGAUGCAACUCUCGCAGAACUCCGCUGGGCGAAUCAUGAAUGGCACUGUCCACAGCUUAGUUCAUAUUGCUGAUUCUGAGAUUUUCGCCUUCUCGGCUGCUUCGCAUGAGUCGUUGAUUACGCUCAAGACAUCUAUUAUCGACUCUAUCGCAGGUCUUGGUGCUUCCGUGAUCUACUUAUUUACGGGGGACUAUCAUAUAACCUUUUCAGGCGUCCAAUCUGCAGCAGUCGACUCGCUGGCCUAUGUGUGGCGUUUGCUUGCUUCCGUACCUAGCCUGCUUGCCAGGCCUGAUUCCUGGGUGAUCAGCCUGGAAGUCCCGAAGCGAGCUGUACCUCUUGACCUUGAACUUAGUGUCUGGACUGGAUGGGACAGAUUCUGGGCUAUAUUUAGCGGCUAUAGCGCCCUCUUCAUUUUGGGAGCUAUUUAUGUGAAAAAGGGCUCGCCGUUCUCGACCAAUCAGCAGGGUCGCGAGUGGGAAGCAACUGUCAUUGACCUACUUAACCAAGCGGGCGGUGUGAUCAAAGUCAUCCUUAUUAUCAGCAUCGAAAUGCUGGUCUUCCCUCUCUACUGUGGACUUCUGCUCGAUGGCGCGCUACUUCCCCUCUUCGACAACGCUACAGUCAUGUCACGAAUCCUCUUUACGCUCAAGUCUCCGUUGACUUCUCUAUUUGUGCACUGGUUUGUGGGUACAUGCUACAUGUUCCACUUUGCUCUCUUUGUUUCAAUGUGUCGGAAAAUAAUGCGGAAGGGAGUUUUGUACUUCAUCCGUGAUCCUGAUGAUCCAACAUUCCACCCGGUACGAGAUGUCUUAGAGCGAAAUGUAGCAACGCAACUUCGAAAAAUCAUGUUUAGCGCGUUGGUUUACGGCGCACUGGUAGUGGUCUGUUUGGGGGGCGUUGUUUGGGGAUUGGCAUUUGCAUUCAAAGGCGUUCUCCCCAUACACUGGUCAUCGAACGAGCCAGUCCUGGAGUUCCCAAUCGAUUUACUUUUCUACAAUUUCCUAAUGCCAAUGGCCGUCAGAUUCUUCAAACCUUCCGAUGGGCUACACUCGAUGUAUCGUUGGUGGUUCCGUCAAUGCGCACGAAUGCUCCGACUUACAUGGUUCAUGUUUGAUGAGCAUAAGAUUGACGAAGAGGGAUAUCAUGUACGGAGGUCUUGGACAGGUCUACUUAGAGGCGUUAAAGGAGACCCUUCCCAUCCUGUCACGACUAAAGAUUUGUAUGAGCCGUUCAACAAUGACCCAAAGCUCGAGGCUUAUUUCCGAUUCGACGGGAAAUACGUACGGGCGCCAGCAUCCGACCAAGUCCGAAUUCCAAAAGGGGUCAGAAUAUUCAUGGAGGUAGAUUCUUCAAACCAAAGAGUCGACGGCAAAGUAGACCGAUCCAACGGAGUCCACGGCAAGAACUCAGACCUCUACAAACAAGUCUACAUCCCACCUCAUUUCCGACUCCGAAUCUUUCUAUUUAUCCUAUCCAUCUGGCUGUUCGCAGCAACAACUGGAGUAGGAAUCACUAUUGUGCCUCUUGUUUUCGGCCGCCACAUAUUCGGCAAGCUAAUACCACCCUAUGUUCGCAAAAAUGACGUCUAUGCCUUCUCAAUCGGUAUCUACAUGCUUGGCUCCCUCCUGUACUGCGUCCUCAAUCUCCGCACCUUCACAAUCUACCUCCGCACCGCCCUCGCCAUCAAUGCCGAAACACCACACAACGUACUGCGCCGCGCUACGAAGAUCACGGCGCGUGUAGCGAGCAUAGCGUGGACAUACUCCGCCUUCCUCUUUAUUCUGCCCACACUCUUUGCAUUUUUGGUGGAGUUCUAUUUCAUCGUCCCUUUGCAUACGUAUUUCUCGGCUGAUGAGCCACAUAUCGUUCAUUUCGUCCAAUCUUGGACGCUUGGCCUGCUAUACGUGAAGCUCACUACACGCCUUAUUCUCUGGCACAGAGACUCCCGCCCCGCACAAAGUCUACGCGCUAUUACACGGAAUGGCUACCUCAAUCCAGACGCAAAACUAGCAACACGUUCUUUCAUCCUUCCAUCCGUGCUGGCGCUCUCCACAGCACUGGUGGGGCCUUGGCUACUUGCUAAGACGGUUGCGGCGACUGCGUUGAAAACCCAGGAGGAGAAGCAUUUUUUGGUGUAUCGAUAUAUGUAUCCGGUUUGUUUAGGGUUGGCGUGCGUGGGUGUGAGCGCGUGGCGUGUGCUAGGAAUGUUGAGGAAGUGGCGGAUGAUGAUUCGGGAUGAAGUUUAUCUGAUUGGGGAGCGGUUACAUAAUUUUGGGGACCGGAAGGUUGUGGGUGCAAGUCCGGGGGUGGCUGGAGUGGCGGUGAGGAGGCUGGAUACUUGA